AUGUUUGCUCUACGCCUGAAUGAAGGGUGUCAAUUUCACUACGCGAAAGGACUAUCGGACCGCAAACCAUCAGGCUCAUUCUAUCUGUCCAAUGAUGAUCCUUCGGAAAAAGAAACAGACUAUGAGGAGGUUGGGCAGGUCUUUGCUUCUUCGAAUACUGUUGAAUAUCGAAUACUGGUCUCUAACACCACGAAGAGGUGCCUGCACAUUGCUAGAGGGCUUGUUAACGCAGCAAUCCCCUGCAAAGCACGGCAGCGAGGGAGCACAUUUUUACAGUCACAGGGCUCAUUGGCUGUGAGGGAGCACAUUUUUACAGUCACAGGGCUCAUUGGCUGUGAGGGAGCGCAAAUCUUACAUCGCUGGGCUCGUGGCAGCGACAGCCGUGGUCACGGAAGGUCUGGAGUACUUGGUUUCGCAGAGCCCAUCCUGCGAAGCACACUUGUUGACGCAGAGCCCAUCCUGCGAAGCACACUUGAUCACGCAGAGCCCAUCCUGCGAAGCACACUUGAUCACGCAGAGCCCAUCCUGCGAAGCACACUUGUUGACGCAGAGCCCAUCCUGCGAAGCACACUUGAUCACGCAGAGCCCAUCCUGCGAGGCACACUUGAUCACGCAGAGCCCAUCCUGCGAAGCACACUUGAUCACGCAGAGCCCAUCCUGCGAAGCACACUUGAUCACGCAGAGCCCAUCCUGCGAAGCACACUUGUUGACGCAGAGCCCAUCCUGCGGAGACUCUUGUUGUCGCAGAUGUCCCUGCGGAGACUCUUGGUGUCGCAGAUGUCCCUGCGAGGCGCUUUGUUGACACAGGACCUAGGCUGCGGAGAACUUGCGCCCCCCUGCGAGGUAGUCUUGUUUUCGCAGCACCCCCCUGCGAGGAUUAUUGUUCACGCAGACCUAUCCUGCGAGGUAGUCUUGUUUUCGCAGCACCUCCCUGCGAGGAUUAUUGUUAACGCAGACCUAUCCUGCGAGGUAGUCUUGUUUUCGCAGCACCCCCCUGCGAGGAUUGUUGUUAACGCAGACCUAUCCUGCGAGGUAGCCUUGUUGACGCAGCACCUCCCUGCGAGGAUUAUUGUUAACGCAGACCUAUCCUGCGAGGUAGUCUUGUUUUCGCAGCACCUCCCUGCGAGGAUUAUUGUUAACGCAGACCUAUCCUGCGAGGUAGUCUUGUUUUCGCAGCACCUCCCUGCGAGGAUUGUUGUUCACGCAGACCUAUCCUGCGAAGCACCUUUUUACGCUCGCGGGGCUCAUGGCAGCGAGGGAGCACAGUCUUACAUCGCUGGGCUCGUGGCAGCGACAGCCGUGGUCACGGAAACUCUCGAGCCCGCAGGCAAGAGAUGGACACUACGAUGCAUCAAAGUGUGA